AUGGAACUCAGUCUACCGUCGACUACAACGAUCAGCGAACGUCGUCGUGCGCAGAACCGCAGUGCGCAACGCAGGUUUCGCCAACGGCGAGAGCAGCAGCAGCAGCAGUAUAACUCCCUGGUGUCGAUGCUAGGUAUUAGUCCUAUUGAGCAGUAUCCGACCAUGCAAGGCGCAACGGCUCCAUCCAUUCGGCCCGAGCCCUCCUCAUAUCCCAGCGAGCUAUCAUCACCACAAUCCUAUUUCACAGCACCCGAAUUCCAGGAUCCCAAUGUCUGCGAUCUGGAGCAAGUGGACCGAUAUUUAUCCCAUUGGACUACUGCUGUUGCGGAGGGAACCGGUCUCUUUGCAGAAGACUACAACACCCUGGCGAUAAGCGACAUGGCCUCCUCUGCCUCAUCGUCUGCAUCCUCCCUCUAUAGAUUCCCCUCCUCGUCCUUCCCAUCCACAACGAACACCACCCCUGACUGCCCGACCCCGCCUCCAGCAUAUCUCACUUCUCAAGCUCAUAAUGGCGAGUCUUUCCUCUCCCCUGACCAGAAAUACAUCGGCGUCCUCCACAUCGCCGCCCAAAAGGGCCACGACCGGAUCGUGCGCAUCCUCCUUCGCCACAACCAGCCCCGGCUCGACUGCAACGCCCCAGACAGCGAGGGCCGCACCCCGCUCAUGCACGCCGUCGUGGCGGGCCACGAGGCCGUCGUGCGGGCGCUGCUCGCGGCCGGGGCGCGCUGCGACCCGGUCGACCAUCUGCAGCGGUCAGUUCUGCAUCUCGCUGUCUUGUAUCGGCGGGAGCCGGUGUUGCGGAUGUUGCUGUGGGAGGUCUGUGGUGAGAUUGAGCUCGUGGUGGAGGAUAAGGAGGGCGAUGGGCGACGGGUUGGGACUCGUGGGAUGGAGCUGCUGGGGGCCUAUGAUGUCGAAGGGAACACCCCGUUGCAUCUGGCGGUCGUAGAGGGAUUCGAGGCCGGGGUGGUGAUGUUGCUGCGGAGUGGGUCGGAUCUGGAGGCUCAGGCGCGACGCUGA